AUGAAUACAUUCAUCUUUUGUUUGAAGAUUGUUACAUUUUCCCUUUUAAUAUGGAUAUUCCAAUGCUUUUUCAAUUGUAAUUCCAGUAAAUUGAUGUUUAAUCAAAAUAUAAAAGAGGAAAUAUUUGGAUUAAAAUAUAAGAGAGCACUAGGAGAGACCUCAGAAUUAAAAAACGAAAAUCUAUUUGACGAUAUAAAAUUUAUAGAUGAAGACCCAGAUACUGAUGAAGCAUUGACACGGGAACAAGAAAAAGUUCCAAAAAUAGAAACUACAAUUCAAUCAAGACAUGAUGAAGAUGAAAGUGAUGAUGAAGAAAAUGAAACAGAAGAGUUGUAUACAUUCCAUUCAAGUAUAUCCGAGAAAUGGAAUAGUAAUAUUACACAAAUGUGGAAUAUUUUUUGUAGUCAAACAAGAGGAUUUGACCUCAAUUGGAGAGCUCGUAAGUGGUAUGAUGUGUGGCAUCCUAGAUUAAGUUAUGAAAUUUAUAAAACUGAUGUGAUUAUUUUUGAAACAUCUCAUCCUAUUGAAGAAAAAAAAAAAAUAGUUGAUAAAUGUUUAGGAGAUAUGAUGAAAGAUUUCAAGCAUUUUAUAUUUCAAUGCAAAGAAGAAUGGAAUAAAUGGGGAAUAUUAGAAGCUGAAAGAAGAGAACAUCAAGAAAUGAUGUUAAAAAAAGCAGAUGAUUCCUAUGAAAAAGAGAAAGAAAAAAAAGGGGGAUCUACACAGUCAGUUUCUGAGUCACUUUAUGGAGAUAGUGAUGAACAAAGAAAAUUCUACAGAAAAUUAUCUAUGGAUUGGAAUAAUAUGGUUGCAAGUAUGUGGAAACUCUACAUUUUAAAAACAAAAGGAAUCGAUAAUAUAUGGAAAAAUAAAAAAUGGAGGAAAGAAUGGCAUUCAAUUAUUGUUUUGGAAAAGACUGAAUUACAACUGAAUUUUAUUGAAGAAAAGGUUCCUUUUCGUGAAAGAAUUAGUUUAUUUAACGAAUGGACAAUUGAUCUCUUAAGUAGAUUUGACUUAUUUUUAAAGAAAUGUAUCGCAGAAUGGAAUGAAAGAAAAUCAAUGGAAUCAAAAGAUUCAGGAGAUUCAGAAGGUUCAAAAGAUGUAGAAGUUGAUUAA